AUGCUGACCGAUCUGCGCGCGCACGAGUGCACGGAUCUCGUGAAAGUCGCAAUCGCGCAGGGCGAGGAGCUGAUGGCGCGCGGGAAGGAGCUGCGCGCGCGCGGAGCGGGUGCCGGGGGUGCGCCGCCGGUUCCCGCGGAUGGGUGCGCGGUGAAGUACGACGCGAGCGCGGAUCCGUGGGACAGCCAUCCGCUGCCUCCCGGCAAGUUCUCCCAGUCAAACUGCCAGCUAGAAUGGAUGAUCUACUCGUCUGAAUGCGGCGCGAACAUGGUGCGCCUCGCGGAUUUUGCGCACAUGGCGGGAAUAAGCUUCUCCGUGAUCGGAAGCCGCCAGCCCUGGACAGGCCAAGGCGGCCGUUUGCGCUCGAUCCGCGACUUCCUCGCGGCGCUGCCGCGCGAUCGCGUCGUGAUCACCACGGACGCCGACGACGUCUUUCUCAUGCCGCACCCCAAAUGCCGCCCGCAAAACUUCCUCGACGCGUUCUUUGCGCUCAACGCGCCCGUCGUUAUCGGCGCGGAGAUCUACUGCUGGCCGGAUAUGGCCAAGCUAGAACCUUUCUACCCGCCCAGGAACAGACACUCCGUGAAUCGGUUUCUUAACGCGGGAGCUUAUGCGGGGUACGCGUGGGCGCUGGCGGAGAUCAUCGAUCUUAUCUACGUGCGCGACUGCAUGCAGGACCAGCGUGGGUUCAUCCUCGCAUUCCUCGCGCAGCAGUACCUCUUCCGCGACAUGCCGCGCGCGCCCAACCCCGACCCCGCCGCCGUGCGCGCCGCGUGGGAGUCCCCGAGCGACGUGGCGGAGGCUGUUCUCGCGCAGGCGGAGGCGGCGGAAUCGGCGAGCCGAGCGGCGUGGCGGAACAACCGCACGGUGCGGUACGACUCCGCCAUGUCGCCGUUCCACCGCCUGCCCGCCAAGCCAAAGCAGCGCGUGAUGGACGAAGCGCGACGCGCUGGGCACCGGGACGCAGCGUCAGUAAUGGCGGCGCCGUUCAUAAAGCUGGACCACUACAGCUCGCUGUUCAUGCACCUGGGGGGCAUGCCCUGGGAGCAUUUCACGAUUCUGGGUACAGGGGAGCAGGCGCUGGUGCGACAAGCGGUGUCGAACGGGGAGGCAUGCAUCCUGCACCAGCAGGGGAAUAAGCUGGCGAAUCUGCCCAUGACGUAUAUUAUCAAUGCGACGGGACUGGAGGAGCUGAGGAAGGCGAGGGGAUACGUUCACUAG